AUUCAACACAACCUUCGUGCAUGAAUCGGCGUCGGUGGACCCGUCCUUCCGCAAAGGAUGCCGCGGCGGUAUCUUCCAUCGCUGUGGCAGCGACCAAGGGCAUGGAAUCUGUCAAGAAGAAGUCUAAAGAUCGAGCCAUCGUCAAGUUGCACGUGCAUGGUCUCGAGUUCCAUGGCGGCGAAGAACUCGUGCUCAACGUGGACGCGCUCAAACCCGACUUGACAUUCCCCGACGACGACGCAUACGUGAUGGAGAUCUUCACGCCCAACUGCACAGAAGACUCUCGGCAGCACUUGCUCAUGGACGUUCCGUCGCCGGACGAGCUCAAGGCAAAGAAGCCGGUGAAGGGCAAGAUGCAGCUGAGUCUUCUCAAGGACACCGCGGCCCAGUUCAACCUCCAAUUGCUGCAAGACGUCAUGGUGCGGUUCAUUGAGAAGCAUGCGGUUGAGGUGGACUUUGUCGAAGUGUCCUUGAAAGACCAGUUUCUGUCGCGGCGGGACCUGUUCUACCUCCAGCGCAACCUCGUGGGCAAGGCGCUGUACGUUGGCAAGAUGGUGCGGAUGCAUGGCGCCCGCGUCCAAGUGAUGGAGCUCGUGCAUGAGAAUGAAGCCGUGGUCACGGGCGUCGUGACGGCCAAAACGCGCUUUGUGUUUCGCUCCAAGUCGUCUCGGAUCUUUUGGCUCGUUCAAAUCAGCCCCGAAAUGUGGGAUAUGGGCAACAACGGUAACUUGUACGCGGACGAGUUGAUCCGGAUGGUGUCGAGCUUAUUUGAUCGGUGGCAGGCCGAGUAUGUGUCGCACAGUCUCACGGUGAUUUUGUUUGGUCGGAAUUACUAUGACGAUCUACCGCCAGUGCAGUCGGCUUACCAUUCGACCGCAAUAUGCCAAGAUGACGAUGGCCACUGGUUUGAAGACUUUUACAAGGUGAUUUCAUACGGAAGAGAUGGCGGCGCCGUGGACACUGCGAACAUGCUCACGACACUCAAGGCCGAAGUGAAUGCGUUUCCGCAUCUGUGUGGAUGGAGCUUGGAUCCGCUCGACGGCAUUGCGCUCACAUGCAAAGGCGGCCACGGCCAUCCGAGCUCGGCCAAAGACGGCAACGUCCUCGAAGCCAUCAACCUCAUCCUUAACAUCUACGAAAAGCACUACCUGGACAGAGACUUGAACCGAAGCGGCCAGAACCUCGUGCUUUUCACGGCCGGCAACGGCGUCUUUCGCGUGAAUCAACUUGUGAGCGAUAUGUCGGAGCAACGCAUGAUGGACAAUGGCAUCGGGUUUGACUGCAUAUCGCUGUCGUCGCCACCACUCGAGUCGGUUCCGCGGUUCUACUUGAAACAUCCGAGCCACACCACGUCGUCGACGGUUGCAAAGCCCAGACCCCCUGCACAGCAGCAGCAGCAAAACCAACAACUACACCCCCACAUCCCCAUGUCUCCAUUCUCACUCACCCCCGAGGCCGAGACCAGCAGCUUCACGCCCAUGUGGUUCUCGGUUCGAUUCAGCCAGCACACACCCGAUACGUUUUCGCCUCUGCCAGUGUGUCGGCUGUUUGCGUCGCCCAGUGGCAUCCCAUCGCGACCGCUGGCGUUCUUGCUCACGCAAUUGCAGUGGACAGCGCACAAGACGCUCACAGUGCCAUCCACGCCAUCGACGCCGUUCGCGCUGCCAUUCCCAUCUACCCCGUCUAUCGACGACUCGCCGAGAAGACUCGAGCUGCAGCCACUCAAGCCGUACUACAUGGCUCCCAACUACGACGACGACGACGAUACCGUGUUUAUUGUUCGGGCUUCGACUGUGCCAGACAAGUCGCCGCGGUCGCAGCAUCCCUGUGGCACGCCGCCAUUGCACAGUUUGCAAGCGUUGGCCAAGCCCCGCUUUAAAGCCAAGAACUAUGGCGUGUCGCCCGACUUGAAACCGACGAUGACCAAGUCUCCGCAUCACCACCAGCCGCCGUUUUUGGUCGCGGGGGGGCACGCGCGGUCGUUUCCGUCUAAUAGCUCCACGAGCCCCCACGACCACCACCCGUCGCCCCGCUUGCAGCCGUACCAACCUCUGGGCGAUGGCUCGUCGGUGCUCGUGCCACCCCCUCCUCCCCUUUCCCAGCCAUCCCAGUCAUCCCAGCCAUCCCAGUUGUUCUAUCCACUCCACCAUCGGUCGUUGUCGUCGGGGGCGGUCGUGACGAACCCGCCGCCGCCGCCGCCGCCAUUUUUGCCCCAACAAUCCACCUUGUCGCGAGCACAAAUGAUGAUGCUGAAUCUGUCGACACAGCAGCAACAGUCGUCGUUCAUAACUCCUGCAUAUGCGCCCGUGUCUACAGCCAACAAGUACAGGUGGAGCCACGUGUAUCGGUAUGAUAUACUCAGCUAUGACCUCGACUUUAAGAGCUUGUGCACACCCGCGCUGCUGCCGCUGACCACCGACUACAUGCCAGACCUGAAUGUCAAGUACGAGGAAAAGGUAUACAAGGUCGGGUGUGACCAGCACGACGGGGUUAGUGGCGGCGGUGGCUUCUUCACAAACCAUCGUGAAUACGCAUUGGAAUUGGUGGCCCAGCGUUUUUCCCAGGAUUUCCAAUUGAUUGGCGAACGCCACGUCGCGGGCACGACCAUGUACAAGCUCAGCAUGGGCCACCAAGUGCACGAAAUCACCUACUCGGAUAAUACGGGAGAAGACAUUGACGUCAAGAUCUUAAAGCAAACGUCCCAAGGAGACAAGCAGGUGGCGAAACCUCCAUCGUCGGCGGGAUCGUUUGCAAGUCUCGUGCCACAACCGGCCCCGCCCCGCGUCGAGUACAAUUACUCGCUUUGGUCGCCGUUAACAAGCCACUUUUUACCUGCCAAGCAAGAGUUUCGAUACCCCAACACGGACGAGUACGGGUGGAACGCGUUGGAUUCGUCAAUGAGUGCGCACGACUUUGUCAUGACCCACAGCAUCAAGUACAAGCGGGGGUUGUACUGUGUCCUGCCGCCGCCGAUGUUGUCGACCGUGGACGACGCCGAGCGGCAGAAAACUCUCGACGAAUUCACCGACAGGUUCAGCCGAUUCCUCGACUACAUCCGCGCCAAAGCGAGAAAGGACGACGCGGCGCCGUUGGGGGUGCCGUCCAAUGUCAUGGACGUGAGCUUGUUGAUGGGGGAAAAGACCCCGCGGCGCGUGCUCCAAGGCGACAUCAAGAUCCCCUUGUCGGCGCCGGACGCACCCCUUCAGCAGCAAUGGCUCAAUAUCCACUACGACGUGGAAUUCUUGCCCGUGCAAGUGUACCACAUUGAAGUGCAGUGGCUCGUGUGUCGGAGUGCGUUGGUGGACGAUUUCAUUCUGGGGCUGCAACGCCGGGCCAAACAGUUCAAUUUGGACAUCAUUCCCGUACGGAAUAAUGAAUACCCGUCGUCAUACACGAUCUGUAAAGAUGUGGUCGUACCUGUAUAGAUGCCCGAGAAUUGCGGCGCGAGCACCAUGGACGUGCAUCCGUUGAUCUGCCCCGUGUUCUUCCCGCUGAGAUCUGCCGCGGACUUUGCCGUCGUGGAACACAAACUGACGGCGGAGCUGCAGUUUUGCCUCGAAGGCAUCCAUCGCAUUCCGUACGAGUCCAUGACGUACCAGUACAACGGCCCCAAGGAAACCAAAGCCAUAAGCCCAGCCCAUCGAUCCGCGUCUGGUAAAACGCGCCCCCCGCAGCGAACGUACCGGCAAUUCAUCCAUCGAUCCAUGAGCUGUUUUGUGCGGCUCACGGACGCAGGGGUGAUUUGGAUCAGCAGCCGCCGCAUGCACUCGACGGCGAUGCAAACAUUGUUUUGUCAGCUGCAACAUGUCAUUCAGACCAUUUCCGUCACGGACGAGAUGAAAAAGCUCGAUUUCUUUCAGACCACAACGAGCACCACCGCGUCCGUAUUCAUGGCCGACCAGCAGAAACAGAUCGGGACAAUGCUGGAAGAACAAGACUGCCUUUCCCCGACUGCAGCCUAACGUCUAAUGUCCAAUGCAAUGCCGUUGGUAAAGUUAUUGAUGUCUGUCUUCACCUGUUGCUUCCCGCAACGCAGUGAGUAUUGUCAGACCUGUACGAGCAACUUGUAAAGCAACGGCGAGUUGGAGUACACAUGGGACAAUGGCGGCUACUGUACCGUACUGUACACUACGUCUCCCCACUGGCUACGACGAGGCUGAAUCUACUGCAAAUGAAGGAUCAUUUCGUCUUCAUUACCUUGGAGCAUGUCGUCCGUGCCCGCCGCACUUCGCCUCGUCCUCUAUCGGUGGAUGUUGUUGCUGUUCGCGCGCAAAUCGUAAAAUGACGAUAAAUUUUCCAAA